AUGAAAGUUUACUAAUUGGUUUUGCUAGUGUUAGUUUUAGUAUUUGGAGCUGCUUAAUUGAAGAGCAUUUAUGAAAAAAUAACAUUUGUUUAAUAAAUUACAUGCACUAAACAAGGUUAUACAUGCCAAAAUAAUGAUGAGUGUUGUGGAAAGAAUCCUCGUUGCGUUGAAUUAGAGUCAUAAGGAUUUUGUUUUAAUGAUGAUGAUGAUGAUGACGUUUAAUGA